CUACGAAAAAAGUGCCGAUCUGUGGAAACUGUAGCCUGCUUACAGCGCACACUCGCAUCGUCCAAUUAACUUGGAUUCGUAAGCCUCUAUAAAAGGCGACUGGCUACUGUUAAACUCAUAUCUGGGAUUAGCACAAUUAUUUUCAUUUCAUUUGAAUCCAAAAUUUGCAGCUUGUAAUCAGCCAAAAACCCAACAGAGUAGCAGGAAAAUUGAUCCUGCAGUAGCAGAAGAAGUAGGAAAAAGUUGUAAUUGAAAAGAAUGUCAGUGCAGGAAUAUCUGGACAAGCACAUGCUUUCCCGGAAAAUAGAGGACGCCGUGAAUGCGGCGGUUAGGGCUAAGACUCCGGAUCCAGUUCUAUUUAUCUCCAAUCACAUGAGAAAAUCUGUGUCGUCUGCAAUUACCAAGGUCAAAGCGAGGCAAAUUCUCGAUAGCAGAGGAAUUCCCACUGUUGAAGUUGAUUUGUACACAAACAAAGGGAUCUUCCGCGGUGCUUCCCCCAGCGGCGCCUCUUCAGGAAUGUAUGAGGCUAUGGAAUUGCGAGAUGGAGACAAGGGAACAUAUCUUGGAAAUGGUGUGAGUAGGGCUGUGAAGAAUAUCAAUGAGAAAAUAUCUGAAGCUUUAAUCGGUAUGGAUCCAACUCUUCAAAAUCAAAUUGAUCAAGUCAUGAUUGACUUGGACAAGACAGAGAAGAAGAGUGAACUUGGGGUAAAUGCAAUUUUAGCAGUCUCAAUUGCCGCUUGCAAAGCUGGAGCAGCUCAAAAAGAGGUUCCACUCUACAAACACAUUGCUGAUCUAGCAGGCAAAACCAAUUUUAAUCUUCCUGUCCCGGCCUUCACUCUCAUCAAUGGUGGGAAAUAUGCUGGCAACAGUCUGGCAAUCCAGGAAAUUAUGAUUCUCCCUGUUGGAGCCAGAAAAUUUGAGGAGGCAUUACAAAUUGGUGCUGAAACUUAUCAUCAUUUAAAGGCUGUAAUUACAGAAAAAUAUGGCGCACAUGGAUGUAAUGUGGGGGAAGAUGGUGGUUAUGCUCCAAAUAUUUCCAGCUUUAAAGAAGGUUUGGAUCUUGUGAAGGAGGCUAUUGGCAGAACAGGCUAUAAUGACAAAGUAAAGAUAGCAAUUAAUGUUGCUGCUACUGAAUUUUGCAUAGGUACUAAGUAUGAUUUGGAUUAUAAAUCUCCAAAUAAAUCAGGUCAAAAUUUCAAGUCAGGAGAGGAUAUGAUUGAUAUGUACAAAGAACUCUGCGAAGUAUACCCUGUUGUAUCAAUUGAAGAUCCAUUUGACAAGGAGGAUUGGGAACAUGUCAAGUAUUUUUCUGGUCUUGGAAUAUGCCAGGUUGUGGGAGAUGACUUGUUGAUGUCAAAUCCUAAACGAGUAGAGAGAGCUGUGCAGGAGGCAGCUUGCAAUGCACUUAAUCUAAAGGUUAAUCAGGUGGGGACUGUGACCGAGGCCAUCGAAGUGGUCAAGUUAGCAAAGGAUGCCAACUGGGGUGUGGUGAUAUCUCAAACAAGUGGAGAGACUGAAGAUUCUUUCAUAGCCGAUUUGUCUGUUGGUCUUGCCACUGGUCAGAUUAAAGCUGGUGCACCUUGCCGUGGAGAGAGGCUAGCGAAGUACAAUCAGUUGCUUAGAAUUGAAGUAGAGCUUGGAGACGAAGCUGUUUAUGUUGGUGAUGGCUGGAGACACUGCUGAACAUUUCAUAGUUCGUCUGUUUCAAGGGGUCUUUCUUCCUCAUUAUUCUGCAGCUGUGGCUCCCUCGUUCUUUUCCUAAUUGCUUUGACCAUACAGAGUUUUCUAUGGAGAUUCAGGGAACUUAGUCUCCAGGUUUGUAUUUGGCUGCUAAAAGUUCAGGAUUCUGGUUUGGUGGGUUGGGAUUUUGCGGAGAUCAAAUGAGUGAUUUGAACUAGUGUACAAGUGACAUUGUUUCCAAAUAUGCGAACUUACUUUUGAUACCAAAUGCCUAAAUUUAGGAUGAAAAAAGUAGUUGAGUUCAUGGUCA